AUGAUCACUGUGCAUAUAGACAAUGGCGAAAUAUAUGCACAAAACAGACAAAAUUUCGCCAAGGCCCAAUAUUUCUAUGAAAAUCUCAACAAGAACAUCUCAAACCCUAGAAACUUUUGGAAAGUCCUAAAUAAACUACAAACUCCCCCAAUCCACUCCCAACCCUCCACUGUCAAAGUGGGUAACCAAACCCUGCAACUUCCCUUAGAUGUAGCAAAUGCCUUUAACAAUUAUUUUGUCGGAUGCUCUACUGCCCUGAUUGCCAGGCUAAUAAAUGAUACGCAUCCUGAAACUACUAAUGUGGAUCAGGUCACACUAAAUUUGCAAAGGCCCAAUAUAGACAAGUUUAUUUUUAGUUUAUUUUUUAGACCUGUACCUAUUAUUAGUGUCAUUAAAAAACAUCUUAAUAAUCUAAAAAUUAAAAACCAGUCCGGACCCGAUCAAAUCCCAGCAAUGCUGUUGAAGCUCAGUGCGCCGGCAAUUGCUAAACCCGUCUCAACUCUAAUUAACGAAUCCUUGGUGUCUGGAUACAUACCCAAACUUUGGAAGACUGCGAGAGUAGUGCCUAUCCAUAAAAGUGGUGACACUACUUUGGUUUCUAACUAUCGCCCAAUAUCAUUGCUCCCACUAUUGUCAAAAAUCUUAGAAAAAUGUGUCCAUAGGCAUCUUUGUGAGUACUACCAACAAUUUAAUUAUCUGACCCCUGAUCAGUCGGGCUUUCACCAGAAUCACUCCACUACAACUGCCCUCUUAAAAGUUUGCAAUGAUAUCCAAGCUGGCAUGGAACAAGGAGCCCUAACUAGAGCUAUUUUCCUUGAUUUUGCUAAGGCCUUUGACACAGUAGACCACGACAUUCUACUGCACAAACUCAAAAACUCAGGUAUUGAUGAUCGUUCGCUAACCUGGUUUCGAUCGUAUGUAUCGGAUCGCUUGCAAUAUGUGUCCAUUUCUGACAGCGACUCCCUCCCUCUCCCAGUCACAUGUGGUGGUCCCCAGGGUUCCAUUCUCGGCCCCCUACUAUUUACAUUAUUUAUAAAUCUGCCUAAUGUCUGCAAAUCCUCAAAUGUAAACAUGUACGCAGAUGACACUGUAAUCUAUGCGAGCAAAUCCGAUCUACCGGAACUUGAGGCUGUGCUCCAAGACCAGUUUACAGAGGUAGAAUGGUGGAUCGCAAAAAACAAACUCUUCCUGAACACUGACAAAACUGUCACAAUGAUCUUUGGAACAGUACCUAAAUUACAAAAAUUACACAAUUCCCACCUAUCCAUCAAAACAAAUUCAAAUGGCACACUGACCGCAGUCCACUCUUUCAAAUACUUGGGUAUGAUAUUAGACCCCAAUCUAUCUUUUGGCUUGCACAUAGAAAAGCUUGCAUCUAAACUUUAUCCAAAACUAGGUGCCCUGUACAGAAACAAAUCCUGCCUAAGCCCUACAGUAAAGGAAAGGAUUGUACAGCAAAUGCUGAUGUCAAUCAUUGAUAAUGGGGAUGUAGUAUAUGCAUCUGCAUCACAAUCCCAAAUUAAUAACCUCAAUACAUUGUAUAACUCGUUCUGCCGAUUUGUGCUACAAUGUAAUUACAGCACCCACCAUUGUGACAUGCUAAAAGAACUAAACUGGCUAUCGCUGGAAUCCAGAUGCACCCUUCAUCUUUCCAGCCUUGUGUUUAAGAGCUUUUCUGGGAAACUCCCACCCUACCUGAACAAAAUGCUUUCCCCAGCUGUUCCCACUUCCUAUAAGCUCCGAUCCAGUACCAACACUUUACUUAGUCUACCUCAAUACAAAAAGAAAAUGGCCCGAUCCUCCUUCUCCUACAGAGCACCACAAUUAUGGAACGACCUCCCGCACAAUUUAAAAUCAUCCCUAAGCCUAAAGUCCUUUAAGAGAUCCCUCUCUACAUACCUCAAAACAGAAUGCACCUGUCAUGGUUGA